UAUUAAGGACUCAGAGUUUAGGACUUGAACUUGUGUUCACUGUAAAAAAAAAAAAAAGUCAGAGUCAUGGCUUAAGACUUUACUUUUUACUUUCAGAACAGUACUUUCUACACCCAAACAUGACUGCAUUCUACAAGGAACUGUAUCUCAGUUUUGAUUGGUCAUGUUCUGCUUGUCAUGUUUGUGUUACUUCCAGAACAUCAGUAUAAAGGUUAUGAAACUUCUUUUGUUUGUCCCAGUAGGGAGGAGAGGUUAUAGCAGUCUUGAGUUUUCUUUCGAUUGCCCAUCUGUCAGACGGAGAACUGAAUCUGUGAGAUGACUGGAAUCUGUCUGAUAUGGCAAAAUCGCGUAUACAAAAUAACAAUUACACAUCACAACAUCACAUUCAUUCUUAGCUCUUUUUUAAUGGGUGUUCUGAAUUACAGAAUCUCUGGACAUGUUUUGGUAUAGGAUAAUUAUCUACUAAAAAUAUCAUGUUUAUUAGUAAAAGAACCACACUUUUCUAUAACUAAAUUCUAUGACCAUUGAUUCAUCUGUUGUUUAAGCUGCUUAUCCUGUGUAGGGUUGCAGAUAUUCUAUAACAAAUAAUUGUUUUAAUUAUUUAGUCGUAGUCAUUGUCUCCACUUACUUUUGAAACACUUGGACUUUAACAUUUCUUCGCUCUUUUGCAAUCACACAUCCUCAAAAGACAAAUUAACAAAUAUAUGUUUGUGUGUUAUUACUAGAAUCAUGGAAAACUUAACACAGAUUUUGUCAUUUGUGUUGGGUAUGUAUGGUAACAUGGGACAGUUAAAGUACUUGUAUUUCACUCUGGCAAUGCUGUUUUACAUAUCCGUUAUUUUUUCCAACACAAUACUUAUUGUCAUUAUUUAUAUGGACAGAAAUCUGCACGAGCCCAUGUAUCUAUUCCUGUGUAAUUUGUUUGUUAAUGAAAUAUAUGGCAGCACGUCUAUGCUGCCUUGCUUGAUGGUACAAAUCUUGUCAGAGACUCAUGAAAUAUCUGCCUAUAACUGCUUCAUUCAAAUAUUUAACAUUCAUACAUAUGUAGCUAUUGAAUUUGGAACGUUAACAAUAAUGGCAUAUGACAGAUAUAUAUGCAUUUGCAAGCCUUUACAUUACAAUGUCAUAGUAACCAAAAGAAUAGUACAAAAGGUCAUUCUUGUUAUUUGGACAGUUUCUUUCAUAGAGGUUGGAGUUUUACUGUCAUUCACUAUUAAUUUAAAGCGUUGUGGGACUGUUAUCAACAAAGUUUUUUGCGCACAUCACCUUGUAGUUGAACUUUCCUGUUCAUCAGACAGAACAGUGUCACUUAUUCACGAUUUUGUGUUUGGCCUCAUUUUCACUGUUGCUGCUCCUGUCAGUUAUAUUGCAUUCACUUAUGUCAAAAUUUUGGCAGUGUGUUCAAAAGCUUCCAAAGAGACCAAAAUGAAGGCUUUUGAUACCUGCACUCCACAUUUUAUUUCACUCAUCAGCUUCGUCUUUGCCUGUUUUUAUAGUUUGAUCACUCAGAGAUUUGACAUGUUCUCUGUUCCGUACCCACUGUGUGUUUUCUUGUCUAUGUAUGUAGUGAUCAUCCAGCCUCUUCAGAAUCCACUCAUGUAUGGUCUUAAACUGUCAAAAAUUAGACAUGCUUGUAAAAAUGUGUUGACAUUAAAGACAUUACAACUCUACAUUUUCAUGAGAGUUUAAAUUCUACAUUUUAUUACUAGUGUUAUGUGUUUACAUGUAGACAUACAAUACAGUUUAGAUUUUGAACAUCUGUUCUAUUGACAAUAAAAUGUCACUAUAUUACAAAACUGAAAUCUUCUGGGGUUGUCGACCCUGUAAGAGGCUAGAAAUGAGAUUAAAGAUCUAUACAAUGUAUAACUGGAGGAGUUAGUUCAACUCAAAUUGUUUGAGGAAACCGAUUGCCUUAAACUGUUUAGAUUUUUACCUCCAACAAUUUAAGUAUUAAAAAGUACAAGUAACUCGAGUAUUUAUUGUAAACUUUAUUUAUUGUAAAACUAGUAAGUACAUUACACUUAUACGCAGCAUUUCUCCAGACUUAAAAUGUAUUAUUUAUCUGAAUAAAGUAAGACUACCUUUAAUGCA